AUGCGCGACCGCUCACCAUCCGACACCGCCCGGAGCGGCCACCACAACCACCACCAGACGCGCAUCUCCGCCACGCCGCCCGUCUUCCCCAGCUAUCUCCUCCCCAGCUUCAGCUUUCCCUUUCUCCGCCGCCGCCGCCGCCCAUCCUCUCCUUCCACAACACCGACCGCGACAACGACAACGACAACAACACCCGCACCUCGUCGCCUCGCGCGCCUCGGCCCGGACACCCUCCGCUGCUCCGCAUGCUCCGCCGACCUCGCCCUCUCUGCGCAGAUCGUCUCCAAGGGCUUCACCGGACGCUACGGCCGCGCCCUCCUCGUCUCUCCCCCCUCUCCCUCCGACGACGACGACGACGACGACGAGGCCGCGCUGCUCAACAUCCGCCUCGGCCGGUUGGAGAACAGGCAGCUGGUCACGGGCUGGCACGUCGUGGCGGAUAUUUCGUGCGCGACGUGCGGGAGGAAGCUCGGCUGGAAGUACGUCGAUGCGCGGGAGAAGUCGCAGCGCUACAAGGUGGGCAAGUACAUCCUGGAGACGGAGCGCGACGAGUGCGACGAGGUCUUCGCGGGGACGUGGGAUGCGCGCGCCGUCGCGCGCCGGAGAGCCGACAUGGUGGCCGCCGCUGCCGCUGCCGCCGCCGCUCGUCCGACUGAAUGA